AUGAUAAUUAAGAACAAUACUGUUAGCUCUCAAGGUGCUUCGGGCAACGGGGCUACGUCGCCUUUUAGGUCGGUUGAGGUGAAUGGCAACCGUAGCACUUCAGUUCGCAAUGGAUCCUCAAAGCACGAUGGCGAGUCAAAUUCUUCCUCAUUUACCAUGCUGGCCCCGCCUACACCGAAACCGAGCUAUUUUGGCCAUGACCGGGAGGAAAUAACCAGGAUUGCUAUUCAGUCCUUGGUAGAUUUGGGGUACCACCGGGCUGCAAGAGUAUUAGAAGAGGAGAGCGAGUACACAUUGGAGUCACAGGAGGUCUCGGACUUUCGUAAUGCUGUAUUAAAGGGGGAAUGGACAAAGGCGGAGGUCUUGCUCUUUGGAUUGGAAAUUGACAGUAAUCAUGACGUAAAUGCUUUGUUGUUUUACUUGAGGGAACAGAAGUUUCUUGAACUGCUGGAGGCUAGAGAGGUAUCAAAGGCUUUGCAAGUUCUCAGGACAGAACUUACGCCACUGAAUCAAAGUGUAAACAAGCUACAUUCACUAUCAAGAAAUCAAUUCCCACUAUCGACUAUACACAUCCUUAAAGAUCACGAUGAUGAGGUAUGGUUUGUGCAGUUCUCGAAUGAUGGGACAAAGCUGGCGACUGGAAGUAAAGAUAACACAGUAAUUAUUUGGGAUCUUGAGACUUUUGAAUACAUACAUAUAUUACGGGAACACAUGAAUCAUGUGACCUGUGUUCAGUGGUCACCGGAUGAUACGCGUUUGUUGAGCUGCUCCACAGAUUCAAAAGCAAAGUUAUGGGAUACAAGAACUGGUGAAUGCAUCUGGACAUCAUCAGGCCACUCGGACUGGGUGAGCUGUUGUGCCUGGGCACCAGACGGGCAGACAUUCGUAACUGGUAGCGUAGACCGGGAAAUGAUAGUUUGGGACCUAGAGGGGAAAGAAGUGUACCGAUGGACGGGGUCUAGAGUAUAUGAUUUGGUAAUAACGCCUAACGGACGACGGUUAGCCGCCAUCUGCACGCAAAAGAAGUUGCAUGUCUAUAACUUCGUAACAAGAGAGAAAGAGUACGAAAUCCAGAUGGUUUCGGAACUCACAUGCAUAUCUGUCAGCAAGGAUUCGCGGUACAUUCUCAUGAACAUGGGAACUGGCUUGCAGGAGGUACAUUUGAUGGAUCUCGCGACAGCGGAAGUUGUACGGAAAUUCACUGGGCAGAAGCAGAAGGAGUUCAUGAUACGAAGUUGUUUUGGAGGAGCAGACGAAAACUUCGUAGUUUCUGGCAGUGAAGACGCGAUGGUAUAUAUUUGGCACAAAGAGAACGGAACACUAGUUGAGACUCUGCCUGGACAUUCGGGCAUCGUAAAUUGUGUUGCGUGGAACCCAGCGAAUCCACAUAUGUUUGCAUCUGCAGGUGACGACCACAAAGUGCGAAUAUGGUCUAAAGCGCCCCAACACAAAGGCAAAAUGAAAGGUGUUGCCGAAGCCUUUGGUCAAUAG